GGAGCAGAAGAAGAGGAGGCGGAAGUGCGGGGAUGAGGAAGUAGUUUGCUCCAUCAGAAGGUGCCGUUUCCAGUCUCGGCUCCGUCAGAAGGUGGUGUCCUCCGUCUCCGCUCCGUCAGAAGGUGGUGUCCUCCGUCUCCGCUCCGUCCAGCAUGUCUAAGAACACCGUCUCUGACCGCUUCCGGAAGGUAGAUGUAGAUGAGUACGAUGAGAACAAGUUUGUGGAUGAAGAGGAGGGCGGGGAGAGCCAGGGAGGUCCGGAUGAGGCGGAGGUGGACUCCCUCCUCAGACAAGGGAACAUGGCUGCAGCUCUGCUCGCCGUCCUGAAGAACCCCCCCAUCAACACCAAGAACCAGAGCGCUAAGGACCGCGCGGAGCAGCUGGUGGUCAAGGUGCUGAGCAGCUUCAAGAGCAGCGACAUCGAGAAAGCGGUGAGCUCCCUGGACAAGGCUGACGUCGACCUGCUGAUGAAAUACAUCUACAGAGGCUUCGAGAAACCGUCCGACAACAGCAGCGCCGUCCUGCUGCAGUGGCACGAAAAGGCUCUGGCAGUGGGCGGAGUCGGCUCCAUCGUCCGGGUCCUGACCGCCAGGAAGACGGUCUGAGGCGUCGGCCUGCGGCGUCUGGAUCCAGAUGAUCAGAACCGAUCCAGGAUCCACGCGUCUCUCUGCUGCUUCACCGUUUCUGGCUUCGUCCUCGCUCCUCUGGGAUCAAGGUGCUGGCACCUGGAGCGCCUCCUCCCAGUGCGUGCUGGGACCGAGCGCCUCCUCCCAGUGCGUGCUGGGACCGAGCGCCUCCUCCCAGUGCGUGCUGGGACCGAGCGCCUCCUCCCAGUGCGUGCUGGGAUCGAGCGCCUCCUCCCAGUGCGUGCUGGGAUCGAGCGCCUCCUCCCAGUGCGUGCUGGGACUACGUGUUUUUCUAUGUCUGUUCUACAUAAUGGCGCCAGCUGGUCUGCAGGUGGCGCUGCUGUUCACGCUUUUUCUAUCUGAAUUAAAGAGCUCUAUCUGA